UGAAGUUUCUCCGCCAGAAACCACGACCAGUGUUAACCAGCUCAAAACCAUAAGCUAACCAAAAUGUUUUCAGCAACUUUUUUUAAAGUAACUGUUCGGUAUUAUUGCGUUUCCAACGAUAUCAAACGUGGGCAUAAGAUAAUCGUUGGUCUUGGAAACCCGGGGAGUCAAUACGAACAUUCCAGACACAACAUUGGAUACAAUAUUGUUGAUUCAUUUUCUUCUAUUCAUAAAAUUCAACUUCUUCGACAUAAAUUUGAUAGUUUGUAUAAGACAAGUACACUUUUUGGGCAAAACGUGACGCUAGUCAAACCCUUAACUUUUAUGAAUCAAUCUGGAAAGUGUGUUAGACGUUGGGUAGAUUACCUCAAAAUUCCUUAUAGCGACUGUUUGAUUAUACACGAUGCGGCUGAUUUACCAUUUGGAGUAAUCAGGUUUAAAUGUCAAGGUAGAUCAGGAGGUCAAAAUGGAGUCAAGGACAUCAUCGAAAAUCUUGGAACAAAUCAUUUUCCUAGAAUCAAGGUUGGAAUAGGAUGUCCAGCUAAGGACCAAAAUUACGACCUAAAAUCCUAUGUUCUUAGAUCUUGGCCCUCAAGUGAUAGAAAAAAGCUGGAUUAUUUAAUUGAAAAAGGCGUUGAGUGCGUAGAAACGUUUUUGGUUUACGGAGAACGAAAGACUAUGAACAAGUUUAAUGACAAGAGAAAUACAAUUUUCACAGAUAAAAACUCUGAAGAGCCCUGAAACUAUGUCGAUAUUUGAAUGUAUGUAUCUGUCAACUGGGUUGACAAGUUAACAAAAAACGGACAUGAUACCUCCCUAAUUAUUAAGGUGAUUCAGGCAUUUCAUAAAAAUGCUAAAUUAAAGAUAAAUUCAAAUAUCGUGAUAUAUAGUUCGACAACAUAAUAGAUUUGAAAAAGGCAUCUUCAGCCAUCUAGGCUCAAGGUAAACACUUUUUUUUACUAGAAAAUACUAAGAUAUCCUUUAUACCAUAGAAAUCGUCUGGCUCAUUGUUGCAGCUACCCCGGUAACCGAAGGCCUCGCUGUCAAAAAGAGUUAUGCUUAGCGGCUGAGUACAAUUAAAGUGAUUUAUCCGAUGGAUCGCUUAUAUCCUAUGUCGCGUAGAUACAAGAUUCAGUGCAAAACAGCAUGUGUAUGCCAUGUAAUGCAAAGAGCAAAAAUAGUCAUUAAACCGAGAGGAAUAUAUGCACAGCGCGUAACUCGAAUUUUUUUGAAAGAUUCGGACAAAAGAAUUGAAAAAAUAAGGUGCUCUUAGUGUUUCAGGUGCAGACAACGUAUGAACAUUCAAAAUUUGCGUUCGUUGGCUAUUGAUGCAUCUGAGAAGUCUUCAUUUGAUACUGCCAUAUUUUUUGCCGAUAAAUUAGUAGCCUUGGAUCCGGGUAAUACUCUUUGCCUCUUAUUUUGACACUUUUAACUCUUGCUUCCUUAUCAGCCAAGCUGAACAGAUAAGAGCCACAUGGACUCCUCAGGUGGUUGUGCACCUUUCUCAAUAUCUUUAACUGACUCUUAAAAAUCCGCUUUUCACUCGAAUGCCUUGCCUGGUAUGCCUACAGACAACUUGGACAACGUUUACUUAUUAGCACAAUGUUAUUUCAAGUCUGGCCAAUAUAAGCGAGCCAACCAUCUUCUUCAGAAAUAUCGACAAUCAUCAUUGAGCAAUUUUAAGUCGUACAAUGAUGCGUCGGUGAACUAUAAUAUUCACAGCGAUAUCUACAAAAAAUGUACACUUUUACUUGCGAAGUGUCGAGUACGUAAAUAGCGCUACUGCGUACUUAUGCAAACAGAGGUUCGAAUUCGAGUAAUCUCAACCUAUCAUUCGUAUAUAGGUUCAGUGUAAGGAUUGGUAUGGCUGUAUCGAAGUCCUAGGCGAUCACAAACAGGAUGAGGAAGAAAUGAGAAGAGAAGAUUCUGAUGAGCAAGUUCCUAUUGGCGAGGGAAUUAAAACAGACGCCGCAAUUUGCUUGUUGAGAGGAGACGCAUUUGAAGCUCUGGAUUUGAGACAAAGAGCAGUUUAUUGGUAUAAAAAGGCCCUAUACGAAGAUGUUUUUUGUUACGAGGCAUGGGCUAAACUGACAGAUAAAUUGAUGCUCACAGGUCCAGAAGAACAGCAAGUUAUCCGAUCGCUUCAGUUUCCCAAGAAUGCAGAAUGGCUUCGGACUUUUUAUCUCUGCAAAACCAGCAGUUUUAUGAGCUGUUUUGGAAGUGUUAAAAAUGGUGUGGUCUGUCCCGGGAAAAACUACGAACAGAUCGAACCUUUUUAUAAAUUAGAGCAGAGUCGCCAAUUCGAAGAUAAUGAAUACGUAUUGGCGUUUAAAGCCAAUUCCGCAUUUUACUACGGGGAGUUCAGCAAUGCCUACAAGAUCUCAAAAAAAAUUUUAGAUAAGUAUCCGCACUCUACAAGUGUACUUCCCGUGCAUAUAGCCUGCUUGGUAGAGCUCGAUAUGACCAAUGAUUUAUACUAUCUUGCACAUAACUUGAUAGAUCAAUAUCCGAAGGCGGCCAUCUCAUGGUACGCCGUGGGCUGUUACUACUACCUCAUUGGAUCUUGGCCCAGUGCGCGCCGCUACUUUAGCAAGUCGAAUGUUCUUGACCCAGAAUUUGGGUUGAGUUGGCUUAGUUAUGGACAUACCUUCGCAAGGGAAGGCGAGCAUGAUCAAGCCAUGGCUUCUUAUCGAACAGCCUCGCGUCUGCUAGCUGGCUCUCACAUCCCCUACCUCUCUAUUGCCUCAGAACUUAUACGGGUCAAUAAUCUUGAGCUAGCCAGCGAAUUCGUUGGAAAAGCCUGUCAAAUGCAGCCACUAGACCCCUGUUCUGUUCACGAAGUGGGCGUCAUUCAAUACUUAAAAGGCAACUGGAAAAAAGCGAUUGAACAUUUUGAAAAGGUGCUAGAAAUGGUCGAAAAUAAUCUAACCGAAACUUUCGAGCCAACCUUGUUCAACGCAGCACACGCUUACCGAAAAAUUAAGAACUACGAUAAGGCAAUUGAGUAUUACGAGCAAGCCGCUAACCUUUUGCCCUAUAACCCAACAGUUUAUGCGGCACUAGGAUACACAUAUCAUUUGAGAGGCAACCUUGACGAUGCGAUUCAUUAUUACCAUCAAGCACUGGGUCUGCUUCCGGAACAUUCAUUUUCUGCUGAUAUGCUCCAGCAGGCUCUCGAAGAGCAAUUCACACAAACGGAUGCUUCACACUUACUCGCCUUAUAAUUUUUUUCAUUUAGUUCCAAAGCUCCUAGCGCGUUGGCGGUUUGUUACAACAGAACCUCAUGGAGCCAUAUUUUUUUGCUCGAUGUUUUAUUGGGUGACCAAAAAAAAGCUGCAUAUAUGGAAGCUGUUACAAAGAGGAGUCCGAUAAUUUGACUUGUUAUACGUUUUCUCUAUAGUUUUCUUUUCAUAUUAUUCCAGCUUGCAAAUUAUUUCACAUGCAUCUUGGUUCUGUGCCCAGCCUGAGAGAUUGUGCUUACCACUUUUCUCUGCCUAAGCAUGCUUUAGUUUCUUCUCGCCGAGGAUCCGUAAAACAUUUUCAUAUUCCUACGUUCAAAUCUAGAGAAUUCACGUACAGGAGGCAAGCAAAGAUGAAACCCAUAGUUUACAGCAACCUACGUUUCGAUAAAUAUCCCUUUUUGCAGCACAUUGGACAUAAUCACGACAUAAUCGACAGCUCGGACGGCGACAAGGGCUCCAAUGUGUCAGAUGAUCGUGAACAUAAACGUAUACAGACCAUUGGAAUCCGUUUGACUGUCCUUGGGCUCGUAACUAAUGUAAUUUUGACAGUCAGCAAAGGUCUCUUUGGAAUUAUUGGAAAUUCUGCCUCUUUGGUAUCAGAUUCGCUUCACUCGCUAGGUGAUUUAAUAACCGACAGUAUAGCCUUGGCCACAUACCACAUAGCUUCAAAGCCCACAUCGAGCGUCUAUCCUUAUGGAUAUUACAAAUUUGACAGCCUAGGCGGCUUCACUGUGUCCUUUUUGCUGGUUGUCACUGGACUUGGAAUAGGCUGGCAGGCAGCAGUUGAAUUAGCGAGCGCACCGGCAGUUACCCCGACCCCCAUAACGCUAUGGAUAGCAUUGGGGUGCAUCAUAACAAAGGAGCUGUUGUUUCAAAUGACUAUUCGCAUUGCUAAGAAAGCCAACUCGACCGUUCUCGUGGCGAAUGCUUGGCAUCACCGUAUAGAUGCCAUAUCCACUGCUCUUGCCUUCGUCGGAAUAGGGGGAGAGAUGCUAGGUAUCCCUUAUUUGGACAAUGUGGCUGCUAUAUUUGUGGCCGGGAUUGUAGUUAAAUCUGGAGUUUCAGUCAUUAGAAGAGCCAUUGACGAACUAACCGACCGUAAUUACUUUGAUAAGUUCGAGAAGCAUUUUUCUGAAGUCUCCGAAUUACUUCGCAUCCGGAUUGGCCGGGUCCGCUUGAGAAAGUCUGGACAGAAGCUAAUUGCUGACUUGGUUAUUAUCGCAGACAGCCAAGAUUUGCACCAGACUCUAGAGUUGGCCAGAAGUGCCAAGAAAAAGCUAAGAGAAAAAAUACCUGCAUUGGAAGAUAUUGUGAUAGAAAUUCACGAAAAAGAAAACAGAUUGUAGUGA